CGAUUAUUAGGGGAGUUUAAGACAAACAAAGAAAAAUGGGUAAAAAUACUCAACAGCACUGCGAGUUCUACAACUGAAGAAAUCUUGGAAUUGGAUACAUUUGAAAAUCGCAACGAAAACUGCCGGUGUGAAGAUUGUUUGAGGCGUAGCAGUUGGAGUGGUGUACGAAGGUACAAGUUCAGUCAGUACGAAUAUAAAGCAACUGAAAUGCUUAUUGAAAUGCAACACGAGGAAUGGCUGAAGUAUUCAACCGUUGAUGGGCGGGGAAAUUUGAAAUUAAAACCUGGUAAGUAUUUUUUUAUGUUCAUUGUGCUUAAAAUUCUAUACCCAUGCUUCCGUUUCCAAUUCAAAAUAUGUACUGUUGACUUUCAAUUAAAUUUAUAGGAUAUGCCGGCAUGAUCAUCAGUAGCUUGAAAAAAGCUGGAUGGCCCUGUAUGCCAGCUUGCAAAGAUAACUACUACUUGGCCACAGAAGAGUGCUUAAGAAUUGCGGUAUAUUGUACGUGGGGUGAUGAAAAUCCCUGUAAUUUGCUUCAUUUGGAUUACUAUCCGAACGACAAGCUCUGUAAUCAAGAAAAUGGAGCUAAGCGUUUUAAAGUUAAAAGCACCGAUUUACCAGAACGACACUGUACCAACACAUAUAAAGUACCUCAAUUGCGAGGAGAAGCAAGAGCCACAGCACUAUGUGAUGCAUCAAAAAUGAUGCCAAAAGCCCACGGAAAUUAUCUAAUUGCGAAUUACGGUGAAGAUAAUUUCGUAAUGCCUCGGGAUAAAUGGCCUGUCUCGCAAUCAGUUUUAAAAAACCUUCGUGCUGAGUGGUUGAACCAAUAUCGCGUUACAUCGGACUUAAUCCAGCAACUUCUGCUGAUGUGGACAGCCGAGAAACAAAUGCCAUCAGUGCUUAAGCAGUCACAUGAAGAUUUUCGAUACUUCCAGUACCUUGCAAUCGGACCGGUCAAGCUCAUAUUAUUGUGUGACGAUCAAUUAACAAUUUUGAAGAAAGAGAAAGAAAGGUACGACGCAAACACAGCGAUGAAGCCACCGCGGUUUGCUAUUGAAAUGGAUGCAACUUCCGGUAUUUGUGCUGCUUUGAAGGGCUGCGAGGACAAAAGGAGGGAUAACUACGCUCUUGUCAGGCCAAUUCAAAUUCCGGGCGAUAAAACAUCGACAAAAAUGAUCACAUCCUUCGCUGACUAUGUGAGCACUGAUCAGUCCAGCAGAAGUAUUUUUUUUUUUUUUGAAUGAGUUUAAAGA